AGGAUCUCUGGAUCGCGGUGUGUCCGUGUGGAGGUGUGUGUGGUUCUUUGCAGACGCUCCCUAACAUUUUUCUUUUUUGCUGAGAGUCAUCAAUUAUGCAGGUUGUCCGCGCGCGCUGGGGAGGAGGAGGAGAAGAGCAGCAACAAUAUGGCGACAUCCGCAGUUCCUCCCGGGUUCUCUGGGCAUCUCGAGCUCCAACACACCUGAGCGGAUCUGUGUGAAAGAACCAGCUGUCCUGGAUGCAUUCUGAAUAAAGAGGGCUCUGCUGCAGGAUGACAAUAUGGCUGCACCGCUGCUCGCACCCCCAGGCCCCGACAGCUUCAAGAAGUUCACCCGGGAGUCUUUGGCUAACAUCGAGAAGCGCAUCGCUGAGGAGAAGAAGAAGAAACCUGUCAAACCCCGAUCUGACAGCAGUCAUCGUGACGAUGAUGACGACAGCGGGCCGAAGCCCAACAGCGACUUGGAGGCGGGAAAGAGCCUGCCCUUCAUCUACGGGGACAUUCCUCCUGGGAUGGUGACCGUGCCCCUGGAGGAUCUCGACCCCUUCUACCUGAACAAGAAAACCUUUAUAGUGCUAAACAAAGGGAAAACGAUCUUCCGGUUUAGUGCCACGCCCUCGUUGUAUAUCAUUAGCCCUUUCAAUCUGUUCAGGCGAAUAGCUAUUAAAAUUUUGAUACACUCAGUCUUCAGCAUGAUCAUUAUGUGCACCAUUUUAACCAACUGUGUGUUCAUGACCUUCAGCAACCCACCAGAAUGGUCCAAACAAGUCGAGUACACAUUUACAGGGAUUUACACUUUCGAGUCUCUCACCAAGAUCGUGGCUCGAGGGUUUUGUAUAGACGGCUUUACGUUCCUCAGAGAUCCCUGGAACUGGCUGGACUUUAUGGUCAUCUCCAUGGCAUAUGUAACAGAGUUUGUGGACCUCGGGAAUGUGUCUGCCCUGAGAACCUUCAGGGUUCUACGAGCUCUCAAAACUAUUUCUGUCAUACCAGGGCUGAAGACCAUCGUGGGAGCUCUGAUCCAGUCUGUGAAGAAGCUGUCUGAUGUGAUGAUCCUCACCGUGUUCUGUCUCAGUGUGUUCGCUCUCAUCGGCCUGCAGCUCUUCAUGGGGAACCUGAGGCAGAAAUGUGUGUUCUGGCCAAUCAGCAAUGAGACCAUCACCUACCUGUCCAAUGGGAGCAGAGGAUUUGACUUUGACGAGUACAUCAUGAACGAUACAAAUUUCUACUUCCUGCCGACCGGAGGAGACGCUUUACUAUGUGGAAACAGCUCUGAUUCUGGACGCUGUCCGGAGGGUUACACUUGUAUGAAGGCAGGUCGUAACCCUAACUACGGGUACACUAGCUUUGACUCGUUCGGCUGGGCGUUCCUUGCUCUCUUCCGACUCAUGACACAGGACUUCUGGGAAAAUCUGUACCAGCUGACCCUCCGAGCUGCAGGAAAGACCUACAUGAUCUUCUUUGUGCUGGUGAUCUUUGUGGGUUCCUUUUACCUGGUUAACCUGAUCCUGGCUGUGGUGGCCAUGGCCUAUGAAGAGCAGAACCAGGCCACUAUUGAAGAGGCCCAGCAGAAAGAGGAGGAGUUUAAAGCCAUGCUGGAGCAGCUCAAGAAACAGCAGGAGGAGGCUCAGGCCAAUGCAAUGGCCACGUCAGCAGGGACAGUAUCUGAGGAUGCUGUCGAGGGUGAUAGAGGAGGACAUCUGUCCCGCAGUUCCUCUGAGGUGUCCAAGCUGAGCUCCAAAAGUGCCAAGGAGCGAAGGAACAGGAAGAAAAAGUGGAAAAAAGAGCAGGAAAAGGAAAAAGGAGACAGCGAGAAAGUGGUCAAAUCCGAGUCGGAUGACGGCAGCAAGAGGAGUCGCUUCCGUUUCCCUGACAACCGGUUGGGCAGGAAGACCUCCAUCAUGAACCAGUCUUUAUUAAGUAUACCAGGCUCGCCCUUCAUGUCCCGUCAUAACAGUCGCAGCUCCAUCUUCAGCUUUAAGGGGCGAAUGCGGGACAUAGGCUCGGAGAACGAGUUUGCAGAUGACGAGCACAGCACGGUGGAGGAGAGCGAAGACCGCCGUGGCUCCCUCUUCAUUCCGUAUCGCCGCAACAGCUACAGCGGUUACAGUCAGGGCUCAUCGCGCAUCAACCCCCUGGCGCCACACACAGGCUGCAAGAGGAACAGCACGGUCGACUGCAACGGCGUGGUGUCUCUGAUCGGGCCCGGGCCCGGACGCCUUCUGCCUGAGGUGAAAAUAGAUAAGGCAGCCUCUGACGACAGUACGACUGAAGUAGACAUAAAGAGGAAACACUCAGGUUCUCUCAUGGUGUCUGUGGAUCAGCUGAACACAUCGUUCGGACGUAAAGAGCGAGCGAACAGUGUGAUGACCGUCAUCACUAACACUCUAGUGGAGGAGUUGGAGGAGUCUCAGAGAAAGUGUCCUCCAUGCUGGUACAAGUUUGCCAACACGUUUCUGAUCUGGGAAUGUUGUCCACUUUGGGUGAAAAUCAAAGAGAUUGUAAAUCUGAUAGUAAUGGAUCCAUUUGUGGAUUUGGCCAUAACCAUAUGUAUCGUGCUGAACACCGUGUUCAUGGCGAUGGAGCACUACCCCAUGACCGAAGAAUUCGAGAAGGUUCUAAGUGUAGGAAAUCUGGUUUUCACGGGUAUCUUCACAGCUGAGAUGUUUGCAAAGCUGAUAGCAAUGGACCCUUAUUACUACUUUCAGGAGGGCUGGAACAUCUUUGAUGGCUUCAUCGUGAGUCUCAGUUUGGUGGAGUUGGGGCUAGCUGAUGUUGAGGGAUUGUCAGUGCUGAGAUCCUUUCGAUUGCUGAGGGUCUUCAAGCUGGCAAAGUCAUGGCCCACUCUGAACAUGCUGAUCAAAAUCAUUGGGAACUCGGUGGGUGCUCUGGGAAACCUGACCCUGGUGCUGGCCAUCAUUGUCUUCAUCUUCGCUGUGGUGGGAAUGCAGCUGUUUGGAAAGAGCUACAAGGACUGCGUGUGUAAAAUCGCCGCUGAUUGCGACCUGCCUCGCUGGCACAUGCACGACUUCUUCCACUCGUUCCUGAUUGUGUUCCGUGUGCUGUGUGGAGAAUGGAUAGAGACCAUGUGGGACUGCAUGGAGGUGGCAGGACAGACCAUGUGCCUUACUGUCUUCAUGAUGGUCAUGGUCAUCGGAAACUUAGUGGUACUGAACCUGUUCCUGGCUCUGCUGCUCAGCUCGUUCAGUGCUGAUAAUCUGGCUGCCACUGAUGAUGAUGGGGAGAUGAACAACCUGCAGAUUUCAGUGAUCCGGAUUAAAAAGGGCAUUGCCUGGGCCAAAAUCCAUGCUCGGCUGCUGGUGGCUCACGUUCUGAAAAAAUCGCCCUUGGAGGACGAGGACAAGCCUUUAGAUGACAUGUACGAGAAGAAACUGAACCUCAUCGGCAAUCACACAGGAGUGGACAUCAAAUGUGGUGAGCUUGACUAUGCUAAGAAUGGCAACGGCACCACCAGUGGCAUCGGCAGCAGUGUUGGGAAGUACAUGAUCGACGAGGACCGCAUGUCCUUUAUCCACAAUCCCAAUCUGACCGUUCGCGUCCCAAUUGCCGUCGGCGAGUCGGAUUUUGAGAACCUGAACACAGAAGACUUUAGCAGCGAAUCGGACGUGGAGAACAGCAAAGACUUGGAUGAUACGAGCUCGUCAGAGGGCAGCACCAUAGACAUAAAGCCGGAGGAGGAGGAGGCAGGGGCAGUGGAGGUGGUGGAAGAGUACCUGGACCCAGAAGCCUGCUGGACGGAUGCCUGUGUGGCGCGGUAUAAGUGCUGUGACGUGCCCAUCACUGAGGGUUGGGGGAAAUACUGGUGGUAUUUGAGGAAAACCUGCUACCUCAUCGUAGAACACAACUGGUUCGAGACAUUAAUUAUCUUCAUGAUCCUACUCAGUUCUGGGGCUCUGGCGUUUGAGGACGUGUAUAUAGAACAGAGGAAAACAAUUCAGAUUAUUCUGGAAUAUGCAGAUCGAGUCUUCACCUACAUCUUCAUCCUGGAAAUGCUGCUGAAAUGGGUCGCGUACGGCUUCGUCAAAUAUUUCACCAACGCCUGGUGCUGGUUAGACUUCUUCAUCGUAGACGUCUCUAUAGUCAGCCUUAUAGCUAAUGCGCUGGGGUAUUCAGACUUGGGCCCCAUUAAGUCCCUGAGGACUUUGCGGGCCCUCAGGCCCCUGAGAGCUUUGUCCCGGUUUGAGGGAAUGAGGGUGGUGGUGAACGCCCUGGUAGGUGCCAUCCCAUCCAUCAUGAACGUGCUGUUGGUGUGUUUGAUCUUCUGGCUGAUCUUCAGUAUUAUGGGAGUGAACCUGUUUGCUGGAAAGUACUAUUACUGCUUCAAUGAGACAAUAGAAAAAUAUUUCGAGACUGUUGACGUCAACAACAAGACGGAGUGUUUUGCGCUCAUCAAUGCCAAUCACUCCGAGGUCCGCUGGAAGAACGUCAAGAUCAACUUCGAUAACGUGGGUGCUGGAUAUCUGGCACUCUUACAAGUGGCCACGUUUAAAGGCUGGAUGGACAUCAUGUACGCAGCAGUGGAUUCCAGAAAGGUUGAAGAUCAACCAAAGUAUGAAGAUAAUCUGUACAUGUACAUCUACUUCGUCAUCUUCAUCAUCUUCGGUUCAUUCUUCACACUUAACCUCUUUAUUGGUGUCAUCAUCGACAACUUCAACCAACAGAAGAAAAAGUUCGGAGGUCAGGAUAUCUUCAUGACAGAAGAACAAAAGAAGUACUAUAAUGCUAUGAAAAAAUUAGGCUCAAAGAAACCACAGAAGCCCAUCCCCAGACCACAGAACAACAUCCAGGGGAUGGUGUUUGACUUUGUCACUCAACAAGCCUUCGACAUCUCUAUCAUGAUUCUCAUCUGUCUCAACAUGGUCACAAUGAUGGUGGAAACCGAUGACCAGUCACCAGAGACAGAGAACAUUUUGUACUGGGUCAACUUCGUCUUCAUCGUCGUGUUCACUGGCGAGUUUGUGCUGAAGCUCUUUGCACUACGACAUUACUACUUUACCAAUGGCUGGAACAUCUUCGACUGUGUGGUGGUGAUUCUGUCUAUUGUGGGUAUGUUCCUGGCAGACCUGAUCGAGAAGUACUUUGUGUCACCGACUCUGUUCAGGGUGAUCCGCCUGGCUCGAAUCGGUCGCAUCUUGCGCUUAAUCAAAGGAGCCAAGGGUAUCCGGACUUUACUGUUUGCCUUAAUGAUGUCACUUCCUGCCCUGUUUAACAUCGGCUUGCUGCUCUUCCUGGUCAUGUUUAUCUUCUCCAUAUUCGGCAUGUCUAACUUCGCAUAUGUGAAGCGGGAACUUGGCAUCGACGACAUGUACAACUUUGAGACGUUCGGUAACAGCAUGAUCAUCUUGUUCAUGAUCACCACGUCAGCAGGGUGGGAUGGUUUGCUGGCUCCCAUUCUCAACUACCCACCUGACUGCAACCCUGAGAAGGAGAACCCAGGAACCACAGUGAAGGGCAACUGCGGCAACCCAUCUGUGGGAAUCUUCUUCUUUGUUAUGUACAUUAUUGUGUCCUUUUUGAUUGUUGUAAACAUGUACAUCGCCAUUAUUCUGGAGAACUUCAGCGUCGCGACAGAGGAGAGCGCUGAUCCGUUGUGCGAGGACGACUUUGAGUCCUUCUAUGAGAUCUGGGAGAAGUUUGACCCAGAUGCUUCACAGUUUAUCACCUUUGCCAAGCUGCCAGACUUUGCAGACACACUGGAACAUCCUCUUCGUGUGCCGAAGCCCAACAUCAUCGAGCUCAUCGCUAUGGAUCUCCCUAUGGUUAGUGGGGAUCGGAUUCACUGCUUGGACAUCCUGUUUGCUUUCACCAAACGCGUCCUGGGCGACAGCGGUGAUCUGGAUAUGAUGCGUCAGCAGAUGGAGGAGCGCUUUGUGGCAGCAAAUCCUUCCAAAGUGUCCUAUGAGCCGAUCACCACCACGCUGCGACGUAAGCAGGAGGAGGUUUCAGCCGUGAUAAUCCAGAGGGCGUACCGCGCUCACCUCAGCCGCCGGGGUUUCGUCUGCAAACGCCGACCUGCCAACAACAAGCUGGAAAACGGAGGGACAAAUCAGGAGAAGAAAGAAGACACGCCCUCUACAGCAUCCCUGCCAUCUUACGACAGUGUAACCAAGCCUGAGAAGGAAAAGCAAGAUGACAACAACGAGGGGAAGGGUCGUAAGGAGAAGGGCCGGAACCAAAAAGAUGUCAGGGAAUCGAAGUGUUAAAGCUGGACACAUGGACAGCAAGAAAACCUCACGAUAAUGAAUUUAAUAACUAAUCUCAAGCAAGACAAGCGGAAACCUUGAAUCAGACUACACAGAUACGUGUACAGAUUAAUUUCAUUUGCAAGUAAGGAAACGUUAUAUUUAAAAAAAAAAAAAGAUCUGCAAAUUAAAGGACAAGACAAAAAAAAUUGUUUACAAACUUCACAGGUGUACGAAUGCGACAGAGAGCAUUGGGGUUUCUUCAGUGCUUGACUCUUUAAAGUUAAACCAAACAUAAUCAGCUUCCUGUGUGACACUGUUGCAUCAAAACUCAAUCAGAUGGGAUCUUUUCACCGAGGACUGAUACUUGAUUAUCGCGUAUUAGAGGGCUACACUGCACUUCAGGACGGAACUUGUUGCUUUUAUAUAUAUAUAUAUAUAUAUAUAUAUAUAUAUAUAUAUAUAUAUAUAUAUAUAUAUUUAAGGAAACCAAGGAAUAAAAAAAUAAUAAUAAAUCACAGCAUGGUGUGUCGUUCCCCACAUCUGGAGAAUCCCGUGCUGAUGCGUUUAUGAACAUUUCCGUGAAGGAACAAACGAACACUCCUGGAAGAAUCGGCUUCCAAACACGAACAACAGUGGAACCUGUGCAAUUUCAUUUCAGACAAACUCAAAGAUUGAUUGUGAGAGUAAGCAGAGAUCAGUGGGGUGUGACAAACGAAAAUCAAACGCUAUCUUUGUGUUGGUCAGCGUUAAAUAUACUUUACACGGUCUUUACAUUAUUUGAGCGGCAAAAAAAGAAAAGGCAGAAACAACAAAACACCUAUGAAAGAAAAUCGAGGUUUUGCCCAUGCCACCCUCAGUAACUACGUCAUCAUAUAUUUGUUAUUUAUACUUCUGCAUAAAAAAAAGCUUUUUUCUACAUGGGCUUUCACACUGAUAAGGAAAGGAGGCGAAUCCCACGGGGCCUCUGACUAUUUCCGACAUCUCAAAACGAAUAAUAAAUUAUUGUGCUUGUUCAAUGCA